AUGAUACAGGAUGUAUGGAAAAGUGGAAUACAAUGGGACGAGUCGAUACCACAAUCAAUACACACGGAGUGGUCGGAAUACGCCCGACAAUUAGAAUCAUUGAAUCAAAUUGCUUUCGAUCGUAAAUUAUUACCGGAUGAAUACCGUGAAGUUCAACUGCAUGAGUUCUGUGAUGCCAGUGUUACAGGGUAUGGCGCGUGUCUGUAUGUUCGAGCAGUCGGACAGGACGGAGGAAUCGUCGUUAGCCUAUUAUGCGAGAAAUCGCGCGUAGCCCCGCUAAAAACGGUUACGAUUCCACGGUUAGAAUUAUGCGGCGCGCUGCUACUAGCCCGAUUAUACGACGAAGUAAUCGACACGUUAAAGAUCAUACUUAAUAAAAUAAUUUUCUGGUGCGAUUCAACCAUUGUAUUACACUGGUUAAAAACACCUCCACACGCGCUUAAAACUUAUGUCGCGAAUCGCGUCGCGGAGAUACAAGAAAUCACGAAAACAAUUGAAUGGCGUCAUAUAAGAACCGAAGAUAAUCCGGCCGACGCGAUUUCGAGGGGACAGCUACCUGAUGCGUUUCUGCAGAACAAUACAUGGCGAGCAGGGCCUCCGUGGUUAAACAAGGGUGAAGGCGAAUGGCCUCGCGGAAAUUUACGACCCGUCGAAAUUACCGAGUUAAGAAAAAAUGUUUGCUUAACAACGAUUCUUAAGGAUUUUAGUAUACUAGAAAAAUAUUCAUCGUAUACCAAGUUGUGCAAAGUCGUAGCCUAUUGUCUCCGAUUUCGACCUUCCAACAUUUACAAAGGGCUAUUAUCUCCGAAAGAAAUAAACGAGGCCGAGACACGGAUAAUGAAAUUGCUUCAAGCGUCGUUCGCCGGUCUAAAUCCAUUUAUAGACGAAGACGGCUUAUUACGCGUAGGAGGACGUCUUCAAGCUUCGGAUUUGACAUUUGCGCAAAAACAUCCGAUCCUACUUCCGAGCCGGAAUCGUAUUACUGAUCAGAUCAUUCGCGAAAUACACGAACAAUACCAUCAUACAGGAAUUCAGACAACACUAUACACAUUGAGACAAAGAUUUUGGCUACUCGAUGGCAGGAACCAGGCAAUACAUCUUGAGACAGUAAGCGAUCUAUCGUCGGAAGGUUUUCUCGCGGCAUUGAGAAGAUUCGUCGCAAGGAGAGGUUUGCCAAGUCAUAUUUACUCCGACAACGGGACCAAUUUUAUCGGCGCGAAUAAUCAAUUAAAGGAGCUAUAUGCUUUGUUUAAUUCGAACGAUCACAAAGAAUUAAUAAACAAAUACUCAGUCAAACAUCGCGUAUCGUGGCACUUUAUACCUCCAGCCGCCCCUCACUUCGGUGGACUGUGGGAAUCUACCGUAAAAAUUUUUAAACACCAUUUGAAACGCGUGGUAGGAGACUUGCUAUUUACGUUUGAGGAAUUUAAUACAUUUAUAAUCGAAAUUGAAGGAAUCCUCAAUUCCAGGCCAAUUACCGCCUUAUCCUCAGACCCGAACGACUUACUCGCGCUUACGCCAGCCCACUAUUUAAUUGGCAGACCUAUAACGGCCCCCCCGGAGGGCGAGUUCCUUUCUGUUACAGCUAAUCGACUGUCCACAUGGCAGCACAUUACCAAGGUGCGGCAAAAUUUCUGGACGCGAUGGCAACUAGAAUAUUUAAAUGAGCUACAAAAACGAGUUAAGUGGUCGAAGAGCUCAUCUACCAUAAAAAUUGGAACAUUCGGCUCAGAGCUUUGGCUCCUAGGCGUUGCCGCAACCAUAGAAGCACACGGCUCAGGGCUUGUCCCCAGGCGUUGCCGUGCGCAUAGACCUCAGCUCAGAGUGAAUGUCCUCCCAAGCGCUGCUGGGUGUCUAAAAUCCGGCUCAGGGUCGAAAACCCAGGCGUUGCCGGAAAUAACGUGCAAUUAA